AUGAAAAUCAAGCCAAAACGUAUACUAGAAAUAUUAGAAAAAAAAAGUCUACAUGUUCCAAAAAAACAACAAUUGUCAAGUUAUUUAAUAUCAUUAAGAAAAAAAUAUUAUGGUGCUUCAACGAUUAGUUUAGAUGAACUUGAUGCUUGGUGUCAACGAAAUUCAUUAAUACCUGAUGACGAUGACAAGUCUUGGGUAUUAAAAUAUCAGAUUGAAUAUGAAGAUGAAAUUAAUAAAGAUGAUGAUAAUAAAAAUAAAUUUCGAUUUUUUGUUACUGCUAGAAGAUUGUUAUUUAAUGCAAGAUCUCCUUGUUUUAUUAUUGGAACCACUGAUAUGAUUACACAAUUUCAUCCAUUUGGAUUUACUGUUUGUUCUAAUGAAAAACAAAAUGAAUUUGAAUUUAUAUUUAGUUGUCUUCGUGAUGAUUUGCUGAAUUUAAACUUACAGAUGAAUGAACAAGAAUUAAUACUUAUUACAGAUGAUGCUGAAGUCAUUAGUAAUGCAUUUUUAAAAAUUAUUCUUAAAAAAUGGAAGAAUGAAGACAAAUUUCUUCGACGUUUUUCAUAUGAAUGGUUAAAUUCAAAAAAUGAGUGGCUUGCAGACUUAGCAACGCAUGUUCCCAGCACGAAUAAUGCAUUAGAAGCCACGAAUCGUGUAAUUAAAGAUGAAGAUACAUUGAGGGAACGGUUAGUUUUAUCAAGAUUUACAGUGGUUUUAUAUUCCAUAGUCAAUAAAUGGUCAAAAGAACGAAAUCCCACUCUUAUAAAUUCAAAAAAAUUCAAACAUCAACCAUUAAUAACACAUUAUCAGUAUGGACUGAUGCAUACAACUGGGUUAAGCUUAACAAAGAUGUUGUAUCGAUUUUUCAUGGGGACACAACACUGUAUUAUUUACCUGCUGGUGAAGAAACUAGAAUCACAGAUAAAGAAAUCAAACGAUAUGAAAAUUGCAGGUUUAAUUCAUUUGGCACGUACAAGUCUGUUUACUUCAAUAUAUGGCGCGUAUGUUUCUCUAACAAUCCUGAAAAAUGGAAAGAAGCAACAUGUACCUGUCCAUCAUUUAUGAAAAACUUUGUUUGCAAGCACACGAUUGGUAUAUCAAUUAGAUUAAAAUAUUACAACCCUAUACCUGAAGCAAAAAAUGUGACAAUCGGUACGAAAAGAAAAAGAGGCAGGCCAUCGAAUGCAAAAAAAGCUUUAUUGAUACAAUAACGAAUUACAUAUACUUCAUUUUUCUUUUUUGUUAUAUUGUCAAUUAUAAAUCAAAAUAAUGCACUUCUAUCAUUUUUUGUUGCUCAAAUAUGAAAUUAAUAUUGUUAUAUAAUAAAUUAUUUAUUGCUCAUUUAAUAGUAUAAUAUUGCUCGAAUAAAUACAAGUCAAUUUUAUUUAUAAUCAUGACUUUUGAUAUGAUCUGAAUAGUUUGAAUUUGAAUUGUGAUUGAAAAUAAAUUUGAUAAUGACUUUUUACUUAUAUCAAAUAUAUAAAUAACAAAUCUAAAAAUGAAAAGAACCUCUUCGAUUUAUCAAAAAAUAAUAAUUCAAUUAUGUGUCAUAAGAAUUAGAAGUCGCUGAAUUUAUAUGUUCAUCACAAAUCUAUCGAUACUAUCAAAAACACGAGAGUCAUCAUAUAUACUUGUAUUAGGUUAAGAAAUAACCUAUACCGUAGUACCAUCGUUUUUUUCUUUUCUGUUUUCAUUCUUCAUUGAACAGUAAGUGAAAAUAUGAAGUGAGAAUAUUUAAACAAAGAAAUUUAUCAAGACCUGUUUGUCUUUGCUUCGUGUUAAUAUCUCGCGUGNGUGUUAAUAUCUCGCGUGUAAUAAAACGAUGAAUUAGCACAUAGAUACAUGUAUCCCAGUGGAUUCUUUGCAUGAGUAUUUAUGACGAAAAUUACUCUUCUAGUGUUCUCAUUGUUUUGGCUAAAAAGAAAAUUAUUUUAAUUUCUAUAAUUUUGAUUAACUCCACACAGCACGUGCUGAAUAAUAUGUGUAUAGGCAAUAGAACGACGGCAUAUUCAAACAUCAUGGAGUUUCCAAUUUUUCAAAAGUUAUGAACGAGAGACUAUAUAUUUGUUUUUGAAAGAUAUGAAAUUAGUAUCAACGCAAGAAAUUCUAAAUAUGCGAAGAUACUAGGAGAUACCUAGAAGUCAUCGACAGCUUGGUGAAGGUCAGAAUAUAUGUUCUUUAGCAAAGAAAAGCAAGGACUUAAACUCAUAUACAGGAUGGAUUCUUAAGAAAAUCUGAACCUUGAAAUCAGAAAGAGCAACAAUUUGUAGAAAACAAACAACAUCAAGAUUUGUGGCUAUUGAUACUUCAUUAAAAAGUGAACUCUUGUUUGAUUUUCGUCUGUAUGAAGACUCGAAUGUCAUGUGUCUCUUUUUUUUUUGAAAAAUAACGAACAAAAUAAAUUGGCAUUGUUAGUUU